CGAUUCUGGUUGGGGCGUCGCCACAAGAAAAACAAACUCUGCUACACAUUACGCAACAGCAUUUGGUACCUGGGCACCUACCGACCAAAAUCAAUCAAUCAAUUGGUGCGAACUUCGGGCAGUUCUACACGCUAUCACUCAACACGUACACCAGUGGCAGCAUUAAGUGAUCGAGGUACGGUCUGACAACAUGACCACUUGCGCCAUUAUCAACAAACAAAGCAGCUAUCGACACCAACAUUUGCACCAGCUCCUCGCUUCGAAGAUUUUCGACCUCUGUCACCGCUACCAUACGCGUCUCUUUGCAACAUACCUACCGGGUCAACAGAACACAGUAGCCGAUCGUCUCAGCAGAUUGACAGCACCAUCUCAAUAUCCCCAAGCAACAGCCAGCUUAUCUGCCCUGUCCUUCCAGAUGAUUCAACAAGUCUUCGGUCCGUGGACUGUCGAUCUCUUUGCAACCUACCACAACCGCAAGCUACCACUUUUCAUGAGUUGGUAA